AUGCACAGGGCUGUUGGCGAAAGAGUCGAGAAUGGACGAGAGUCGUCGAAGCAAAAGCUCGAACAGAAGCAUGGCAAUCAAAGGAGUCCUUGGAUCUAUGGACGACGUUCCAAGUCCGUCGCCACGCCGAUUGCGACGCCGGAGUUUCUCACUGAGAUGCAAUCGACGACCGGGGCGUCAGUACCUUGCCACUGGACGAUAAUCUACCACGCCUUGAUGAUGGGCUACACAAGCCACAGCAAGCACGGCACUUGGCCCUGAAACGGGCUCAUCGACAACAUUGAAUGUGUCACGCACGAGUAGUAUCUAGCUAUGGGAGGGGAUCAAACUCCUGAAGUCUGUUCACCAACACCAGUCCCCCGUGGUACUAUCAAUCCGACUAGUGGCGAGCAGCCUCAAAAGAAGGAUGCAUGUGUUUUUGCGCCUCACUCUGCGGAAGAAACAGUCAUCGGAGAUCUCGCUCUUUUUUUCCACAUUUAUAUAUAGCACGUCAUGCACAACAACAUCUGACAUCAAGAUGUGCGCGAGAGGCGUCCCUGGUGGUGAUAAAAGUACACCAUUCACACUCCAUUAACCCCGGCGGACUCAACCACGGGGUCACCAUCGCGAAUACCAGCUCCUCGCUGUUGAUUUGACCGAGAGGGCCGCACCCUCAUUCUCAUGGGAGAUGAAGGCGGCUUGUUUUCAGGCGAGCUACAGGACUCGUAUACAUACAUUUUCUUUUGCGUAUGAGAGCACGAAAAGGGGCUGGACAUCGUGAACCCCAGCAUGCACUCACCGAUCGAACGAGUCGAGGCCAAUCAGCUGGGGGGCAAGCUUGAAUUCGGAAAUUAUUCGUACCUCUACACUGGUUUUCUAACCCAUGUCGCG